AUGGCCGUGUUGUUGGUGGGCAGCGUCGCUGCCACAAUACCGAGCAGAACCUACUUGCCACCCCAAUACGUUGCCCAGCCGCAGCUGUUGGUGCAGCGUCCGCAGAAUGUCUACCUGCCACCUGCAGCUGCCUAUCGCCAGGUGAGCCGUGUGGUAUCGAUACCCGAGCGCACAUACUUGUCGCCCGCCGUACAGAUCGCACAGCCGCAAUAUAUAUCGCGACCUCAGCUGGUGGUGCAGCGUCCGGUGGUGCAGCAAGUGGUGCGUCCCCUCAAUGUCUACCUGCCGCCCGCUGCAGUGCAACGGCCAGCUGUAUCCAUUUUGUCGCAGCCACAGUAUGCAUCAUUGUCCCGCACAUAUCUGCCGCCCCAGGCAGCUGCAUCCGGCCUGGACGAGCAAUAUGAUAUUGAUUUGCACUAUCGAUUAUCCCUGCAGCAGCACUUUGUCCUGGCUCUGGCUUUGGUGGGUUGCGUCGCCGCCGAGGCGGGCUACAAUUACGCAGCUCCCGGUUCCUCUGUGGCUGCCUCUGCUCCAGCUCCAGUGAAGUCCUAUGUGGCACCUCAGGCUCAUCAAUAUGCGGCUGCUGCCUCUGCUCCAGCUCCAGCUCCAGCUCCUGCUCCUGCUCCUGCUCCUGCUUCAGUCUUCCAUGCUGCUGCGUCCGCUCCAGCUCCGACCAGAACUUAUGUGCCGCCAGCUCCUGCUCCUGUUGCCCAUCAUGCAGCUGCCUCUGCUCCCGCUCAGUCUUUUGCUCCAGCUGAGUCAGCUCCUGCUCCCCAUCAUGCUGCUGCUUCUGCUCCUGUGCAAUCCUUUGCCGCCCCAGCUCAGAGUUUCCAAGCUGCCGAUUCCUCGGAUUCCAACUAUGAAGCAGCUGCUUCUGCUUCAGGUCCUGCUCCUGCAGUCGCUCACUCCGGCUACGAGUACAGAACUGUGCGUCGCCGCGUCUACAGGCAUCGCGCCUAA